AUGCCACAACAUGAUGAUCUGAUAGUCAGUGCCACUGGGGUCCCAUUCACAGACAUGUUUUUGUCAGGUAACCAGUUCCAUCUGGCUAAAGAUGGCGGUCUCAAGGUCAACGACAGGAUGGAGACCAGUGAAGAGCAUGUGUACGCGGCAGGAGAUGUGUGUACGGCCAGGCAGGUGGGUACAGGUUAGUGCAGGCGGAUGCAGGUUAGUGCAGGCAGGUGGGUGCAGAUGCGUCUGUGGUCUCAAGCACGACAGAUGGGAUGUUAUGCUGCUAAAUGCAUGGUAGCAUCAGUCAAGUCUGAGGAAAUAACCAUGGACCUUUGUUGUGAACUUUUUGCCCACAUAACAUCAUUCUUUAAUUUUAAAGUUAUUCUCUUGGGAAGAUUUAAUGGACAAGGUUUAGAAAACAACUAUGAAAUUCUGCUACGGAUUACUAAGGGUGAAGAAUAUGUGAAAGCCAUCCUACAUGGAGGGAAACUGGUGGGGGCAAUACUCAUAGGGGAAACAGAUAUGGAAGAAACUUUUGAAAAUUUAAUUCUCAACGGCAUGGACCUGACUCCAUUUAAAGACAACCUUCUGGAGCCUGGGAUAGAUGUGGAAGAUUUUUUUGACUGACCGCCUGACCUGUGUGUUGAUAAUUGAUUGUCUGUCAUGAUUUCUUUGACUGAC